AUGGAGUUGAUGCUUGGGGGCGCAGGGCUCAUCGCCUUUCGGGGCAGAGCUCAAUCACCGCCUCAAGCUCUAGUCGACUUGGACGCGCCGUGUAAGACGAAGGAUGGGAUGCCGGGAUUCUGCACGUUCCACGUCGCCUGCUCCGCGUUUUAUCUCGCCUCGUCCGAGUGUUCCCUGGGGAACGGAGUCCCCGGCAUCUGUUGCCCUCUGGAACCUUCCGUCUCCUCCGGUAGGGAUGGAUUGGUGAUCCAUGACGAGACGAAACGAGACGUCUCGGUCCGCGAGUUCACUCAGCGCCAAUUGGACGAGGCGAUGCUCUUUGGGGUCCAGAUGGUGUCGCAUCUCGACCGGAUCUCUUCGCAAUUAUUGAAUCGGGGGAUGGUCGUGCAGCCGGGGACGCCGGCCGGCUUCCAUCAGAGAUUCUUCCAGACCGAGAAGAAAGCCAUUCGAUUAGCGAAGGAUGCCUUGGUCGGCGUGGAAGCGGCAAGGAAUCUCUCCCGACGAUUCGAUCUGAGUCCGGACCAGACGACGUUUGGAUUGUCGAAAUACAGCAUGCUGAGAACUUCGGGGUCCGGCACUUGCCCGGACCCGCCGACGUGCGACCCCGGCUCCCGGUUCCGAUCGCCCGACGGAUCCUGCAACAACCUGCGAGUCCCGCAGGCGGGGCAAUCGAGGACCGCGAUGCAGCGCCUGCUCCGGCCCGCUUACGCGGAUGGUGUGAGUUCGCCUCGAGUGGCGGUGUCGGGAAGAGAAUUGCCCAGUGCCAGGACCGUCAGCAAAACCUUGGUUCCGGAUAGGGAUCGACCGAACCUUCAAUUGACACUCAUGACCAUGCAAUGGGGACAGUUCGUCGACCACGACAUCACCUUCGCCCCCAUCUUCAAACUCGACGAUCAAGGUUCGGAGGGAAUAAGUUGUUGCCAGAACGGAAAUGUGAUCAAUCCUCCCCCGCAUCCUGAAUGCUUUCCCAUCCAGAUCUCCCCACAGGAUCCCUUCUACGGGCCACUACAGCAACGAUGCAUGAACUUCGUGCGAAGCCUCCCUGCUCCCCGACCCGAUUGUUCCUUCGGACCACGUGAACAGAUGAACCAAAUAACCUCCUGGCUGGACGGGAACUCCGUAUACGGAUCGGACGACGACGCGGCGAAGAAGCUGCGAGCAUUCCAAGAUGGCCUCAUGAAAACCUCCGAAAUCGACGGUCGGAGCCUCCUACCUCCCGAAUCCGUCGGAAGCACGAAACGCCAGAUGGGAACCCCGAAAUUCGCCGCCGGGAGGGCGGUUUCGGUCUUGGACUCGAGUUCUCUCACGGGGCCCGCAUCGAUAGGGGACACGAGGGUGAACGAGGUUGCGAGCCUCUCCGUCAUGCACACCAUCUUCGUUCGGCAGCACAAUCGGAUCGCCAGAGAACUCCAACAACUGAAUCAAUUUUGGGAUGACGAAACUUUGUAUCAAGAAGCAAGAAGGAUCGUGGGCGCUCAGUUGCAACACAUCACUUACAACGAAUGGCUCCCGAUCGUUCUCGUAAUUCUGAACUGCGAUUGCUUCUCCGGCUCACUCUCGAUAUCCUCUCAUGCAGGCUCUAGAUUCAUGAAUUAUUUCGGGAUCAGAACGGGGCAAUCGGGAUACCGAUUCAAUUACGAUCCGAGCAUCAACCCGAGCGUGACGAAUGAAUUCGCCGUGGCCGCCUUUCGAUUCGGCCACACCCUCAUUCAAGGACUUCUCAAGGUGAGACAUGGACUGACGGAUUUUGACAGACUUUUUGGAGGUGGAGGGCAGAGCGAGACUCAGAGACUGCGCGACCUUUUCGAAAAUCCGAGUCUCUUGUAUGCUAGGAGUGGAGUGGAUCGGUUCGUCAAUGCCUUGGUCACUCAGUCCAUACAGAGUUUCGACCAAUUCGUCACAUCGGAAGUGACGGAGCAUCUGUUCCAAAACCGCAGCCAGAGUUUCGGAAUGGAUCUGGUGUCGUUGAACCUGCAGAGGGGCAGGGAUCACGGGGUCCGAGGGUACAACGACUACCGGCAGAUGUGCAGUCUCGGCAGGGCCGGCUCCUUCGACCGAUUCUACCCUCAGAUCCCGAGGAAUACGAUCCAGGAGAUGAAAAAGGUUUACGAGAGCGUGGACGACGUGGAUCUCUUCGUCGGCGGCAUCAGCGAGACGCCGGUUCCAGGCGCUCUGCUGGGACCCACCUUCCAUUGCAUCGUUGGAGACAUGUUCCUUCGUCUCCAGAAGGGGGAUCGCUUCUUCUACGACAUCGGGGACCAACCCCAUUCCUUUACACCCGGUGAUUACUGA